AGAGACGUUGAAAUCCAAGAUGGCUUCAUUCAUUCGUGAUCGAUGCAUUAACCGGUUAACCUAUCACAUUGUUUUCCAUUAGAAAAUUCAGAUCGUAUUUAACUGUUUUAUAAUCGUUGACAGAGAAAUGUUUCCUUUUAAACUUUACAACGGUAUUAGGUAUCUCUCUACGACUGCCGAUAAAAUUGCUACCCUUGUAAAAAAAAACAAAGUAGUUGUAUUUAUGAAAGGUGUUCCAGACAGCCCCAAAUGCGGCUUUAGCAAUGCUGUUAUACAGAUACUAAGGAUGCACGAUGUCAAAUACGAUGCCCAUGAUGUUCUGGAAGAUGAGAAUCUUAGACAAGGUAUCAAGACCUAUUCUAAUUGGCCUACAAUACCUCAAGUGUUUAUAAAUGGAGAGUUCGUUGGUGGAUGCGACAUAUUGUUAGAAAUGCACAAGAAUGGAGAGCUUGUGGAAGAACUAAAAAAAGUGGGUAUCACGAGUGCCCUAUUAGAAAAAGAGGAAUCCAAAGAAGAGAAACCUAAUUAAGCUUAUUCCAAAGCUUUGUUUGUAACUUGUAAAUAAACUAAUUGUUGUUUUUAUUUAUAUUUAUGUUCGCAUUUAAGUAUGGUUCAUUUUAAAUAAAUAAUAUGCGAGAA